CAGUCAUGUAUGCAUAAUCUUAGUUUUUCGGGAUUAGCCUUUUAUGGAAUAUUCUAUGUUCCAAUGACUAUGGUGGAAAUGAGAGCACAAAUGAUCUUAAAGGAUAUAUUACAUCUACGUGUUAGCAAAACUUAUAACGUGGGAUUAAGUGAAUUGUUUGAAAUCGUGCUAACAUCCUUAUUUAUGAAAGAUGCCUGUCAAGAUAUUUCUGCUUC